AUGUUCUUGUUUAAGAACUGGAACAUAGGGGAACACGGGUACAAGCUAGGAACAGAAUGUUAUAGUCAGCAGAAAUAUGCUGAGGCAGACCCGCUGUUGCGACAGUCGGCUGAGCAGCGGGAGAAGGUGCUGGGCGCGGACCAUGAGGAUACCCUUGCUAGUAAAGAGCUUUCGCGCAAAGUGACUCUUGCGCAGGCGCCAGCUGCUAUAACAAAUACCCUCGCAGACACCGUGUCUCGCCGGUUAAGCGAUUUCUUCGCCGAGGGCAACCAAAGGCAAACAGCGUACACCGACUCUGGGAUUCAGCAGGUCUCGCUCCUCUUAGGUCAAGUCAACCUGCAAUGGAGCAAAGUUCCUGUAACAUACAUAGUUCUUCGGGCGAUCGGCUGCCUAGACCUCCUGAACACCUUUAUCGACCUAGGCUUCUCCGACCACUGGUUCCCUGUGACUGAGCGAAGCCUUCCGCCAUGUCUUCGGCCCAGCAGGCGCUCACAGUUUGUGGCUGCUCAGGACUUAGUAAUGACCAAGUCUGUAGACCUUGAGAAGGGCGAGAAGGGCUAG